AUGAUAGACGAAACUCGAUACAAUUUCCCUGACCUCCAAACCACAUUCCCAGCUCCUUUCGUUGCACAUGUGGAGAUCAAUCGACCCAAGAAGUACAAUUCAUUUAGUCCGGAGUGUGUACCAUUAUCAAGUCCGAAGAGACUGGGAUGGGCUGAUAGUCAGAUAGUGUAUUUCACAGUCUCGCGCUUGUAUUCGAUCGUCUGUCCGAGGACGAGAACGUGAGAUGCGUUCUUUUAUCCGGUGUUGGCGAGCACCUGUCAUCCGGGCUUGAUGUAUAGUUCAUCGCCUCCAAUUCGUUCCCGCGCACUCAGGGACUGACGGUCUCGAAGGUUCAAGCAGCGGACUCUUCAGGGCCUGUGGGAAAACCAAAGGAGAGCGACGAUGUUGCUCGACGAACAUGGAAGAUCCGAAGACUUUGCGUGGACUACCAGAAUGGGAUCAAUGCUGUCGAGAGAUGUGAAAAGCGUGAGUGCUCAACAACCGCACGAAUUUAUCUCGAUACCCUUGACUGACUGGAUGCAGCUGUCAUAAUUCUGUGCCACGGGAUAGUCUACGGCGCAGCAAUUGACCUUGCCCUAGCAGCAGACAUUCGCCGCUGUUCGAAAGACGUCCGCUUCUCGAUCAAAGAGGUCGACGUUGGUCUUGCCGCUGACGUCGGAACACUCAGCCGUCUUCCCAAAGUCGGAGUCUCUUAUUCCUGGGCCAAGGAAGUUGUUUACACUGCGAGAGUCUUUGGGGCUGAGGAGGCCAGCCGUGUCGGUUUCGUGUCGCAAGUUGCGGACAGCAAAGUACAUCUGGUGAGGGAAGGCAUGAAAUUGGCAGAGCUGUUGGCGACUAAGAGUCCUGUUGCGGUUCAAAGCUCCAAAGCCUUGUUCGAUUUCAGUAGGGACCGGAGUGUGCAGGAUGGAUUGCUUUAUACAGCGGCUUGGAAUGGGGCAAUGGUGCAAGCUGACGACGUAAAGCAGGCAAUGUUGUCUGGGCUACAAAAGCGCACGCCGAAGUUUGCGAAGCUUUGA